CCCCGCCCCGGCCGGCUCGCGGACGGUGGCCGACAGGCCGUGGCGCCGCUGGCGCUCAGGGCGAUGCAGCUGCCACCCGCGCUGCACGCACGCCUGGCGGGGGCACCCGGGUCGGCCGAACCUCUACCCGUGGAGCGGGACCCCGCGGCCAGGACCGCGCCCUUCCGCUUCGCGCCGCGCCCGGUGCGCUUCCCACGGGAGCACGACUUCUUUGAGGAAGGGGACGUGCAGCGGCACCUCUACCUCCAGGAUGUGCUCACGCAGGUGGGCGGGGCGCCCGAGAGGCCCAGGGUGCCCGAGUUCACGUGUCAGGUGGCCGGCUGCUGCCAGGUUUUCGACGCCCUGGAGGAUUACGAGCACCACUACCACACUCUGCACAGAAACGUCUGCUCCUUCUGCAAGCGGGCCUUCCCUUCUGGACACCUGCUGGACACCCACAUCCUGGAGUGGCACGACUCCCUCUUCCAGAUUCUGGCCGAGCGGCAGGACAUGUAUCAGUGCCUGGUGGAGGGCUGCACAGAGAAGUUCAGAACCAGCAGAGACCGGAAGGAGCACCUGGUGAUGCGUCAUCUCUACCCUGUGGACUUCCGCUUCGAUAAACCGAGGAAAAGCAGAGGCCCAGUCAUGCCCGGUGCCGCUGAGCAGGUGUUGGCAGAAGCCCCGGGGGAUGACGGGGUGCCGUCGGAAGUCGACGCCAUGGAAGUCUGCUCUGAACACGUGGAGCCCCCACCAGCACCCGCGGGAGAGAGGCGGGCCUACAGCCACAGGAUACCAUCUACCAUCUGUUUUGGUCAGGGUGCCUCACGAGGAUUUAAAAGGGCCAAGAAGAGAAAUAAGCACCAGUAACGGCGGUUCCUCUGCGGCCCUGUGGCGGUGUUGCCGGGCUUUUCCUCCCCGCCGCAGGGGCCCCAGGACCCUGGCCCGUGCCGCCCUCCAUGUCGCGGGCCUGUGACCGACUGAACGAGGCCGGUGGCUAUGUGGGAAGCUGUGGGGGAGCCACGGAUUCCGGGAAGGGCCCCCUCGUGCGGUGACUGGGGUGUGGGGAGCAGCCCCCGCCCCCCAACGUCCUUGUGAAACGCGUGGAGUAAAUGGUUAUCAUUAACGGUC